UAACGGAAACAAGAAGAUCACAAUGACUGUCAGAAUAAAAAAAACUGGAGGUGACAACAAGCUUAAAGAUAAAGAGAAGUAAAAUGCUGACUUCAGCAGCUUCAUAUCAGGCACAGAAACACAGAAGCAGUCCACAGUUAAGACUGAGAAGCGUGUCGUACUGCAGUGGUCACAGUAUUUUGCCUUCUGUCUGUAAAACACAGUCUGUGGUGACCAUGGCCAAAAACCUGCCUGAUGCUUCAGCCACAAAUUGGAAUCUGGUUGUCUUGAGCCUCGGACUCCUGUGUAUCCUGCAAGCAGCUCUCAACACUUCCCUGCGUCUUGCUCUCUACAGUUCUGAUGCAACAGAUCAUGAUGCUGUGAUCAGGAACUUGACAGAAGAGAGGGACCAGUUGAAGAGGAAGUUGAAUAUAUGUGACAGUUCUGCUGAACCAGAUUUUGAUGCUAUGAUCAGGAACCUGAAAGAAGAAUGGGACCAGAUGAAGAGGAAGUUGAACAUAUUUGAUCAUUACACCAAAGAAGGAUGGGUAUACUUCCGCUCUAGUUUCUAUUUCAUUUCCUCUGUCAGUAAAUCCUGGGGAGACAGUAGAGACGACUGUCUGCAGAAAGGAGCCGACCUGGUGAUUAUCAACAGCAAAGAGGAAAAUGAGUUCACAAGAAAGACCAAACGGUCCUUCUGGAUCGGACUGACUGACACAGAGACAGAAGGGACAUGGAAAUGGGUGGAUGGGAGUUUGCUGAACACAACAACAAGCUACUGGUACCCUGGGGAGCCAAACCCCGAGUAUUACCCUGAUGAAAACUGUGGAGAGGCAAGGUACAACUACAAUGAAAACAACUGGAAUGAUAACGAUUGUAAUAGUCUGUACUUCUGGAUCUGUGAAAAGAAGGUGGCUUGAUAACGCUGCACCCAAACACACCACACUGUAGCGUAGGUUUUCUAAAUUAAAAAAAUACAAGAGUUGGGCGCCAGACAGGGAUUCUUCACCUGUCAGAAAUUGUAAUAUCUCCUGGUACGAGAGUUAACCUGGAUAGCUUAUUUACCUAACUACAAAAGGCAUCAAAGAAAAAUAAAUCACAAACAAUCAAUUCCGUUAAUCAAUAUAUAUUCAAUUGAAUUAUUCAAUCAAGUUAACAAUCAAAUCAAAUAGUUAUGAUGGAUAAACAGACAAAGAACUAAUUUUGUCCAAAAUAUCCAGUAAUCAAUGCAAACAAAUUCAUUUUCAAAUAAGAACAAUUAACCGUCCAUUUAAUAAACAUAUGAAAGAGGCUUCCAUUAAGAGUUCAUGAUGAGUAUAGUUCGAGUUCAGAUCAAGUGUGAGUUUGUGUGUGUG